AUGACGAAAAAAGGCCGUCCAGAUGGAGUUGCAGUACAACAGGGUGGAGGCAUUGACGGCACAAGCGGGUCUCUGUUCUUAAGAGCAUCAGAUCGAUAUCCAAGAACGCCAAAGUGCGCCAGAUGUAGAAAUCACGGAGUCGUGUCGGCUCUGAAGGGACAUAAAAGAUACUGCAGAUGGAGAGAUUGUGUGUGCGCUAAAUGUACACUGAUUGCAGAAAGGCAAAGAGUUAUGGCUGCCCAGGUGGCACUGAGGAGACAACAAGCGCAGGAGGAGAACGAAGCGCGUGAGUUGGGCUUGUUAUACGGACCAAACGGGUUGUUGCAGAUGAAUCCAGAAACAAUGGACUACUUUCCUGAAGCCAAAAGUUACCUGCAACAACAACAGCAGCAGGGUUUGAAGAUAGACCCUUCUCUGGGUGGGUCAGCAGAAGAUAAAACUGGACCGACUGAAAAUAAUCCGUCGACACCAGGGCAGGCACAGUCGGCUGUUCAGUCAGACAGCAGUCAAAAAGCGAGCGAUGAGUCAAGGUCCCCAAGUCACCAAAGCAAAUCUCACCUGACGGACCAGUGUGAAUCUAGGGCUGCCAAGAGACCCCGCAGAGAUACUGAAGCCGAAGAGCAAAGUUCUGGAUCUUCAUCGCCCGUUGGUGUUGACUCCCCUAGAAGUGAAUCUGCAAAAGGACACGACCCACUACACGUCCGAUCCCCAACUCCUACUGCAGACAGUUACUCGCCCAAAAUCCUUCAAGGCUCAGCCUCUCCUUAUCGGACGCCAUCUCGAGAGUCCCGGCUGUCAUCACCUGCAGCUGCCACCAAAUCAGAGUUCUACAGCCAGGCCAUGUCUCUAGAAGAAAUGAUGCUGUCUUCAGCAUCGUCAUCCAGUAAGAGGUCUCCGCUUAACAUGCUGUGCCGUGUCUUUCCACACAUGAAGCGCGGUGUCUUGCAGCUGAUUCUCCAAGGCUGCAACAACGACAUGGUCCAAGCCAUUGAACAAGUUCUCAACAACCACAAUUCUAGUAGUAUCAGUUCCGACCUUCAGACAGGCCACAGCGCCUCCCCUAUCUCUCUGCCUUUGGGUGGUUUAGGAGUUGGAGCCGCCUUUGGAGCUUUUCAAUCCGGACUUCCAGACUCCAGCUUCUUCCCACAAGCCUACAUCCCCCCUACGUUUGGAUCCACGCCGUUCAAAUCAGCAUUCUCCCCUAUUAGUUCCCCACCAACUGCACAUCUCAAUUCUAUACGAUACACCUAUGGAUCUGCCCCUACGUCCCGGGCAAACAGCAUCCCUGCAAGCCUAGCAAUUCCCUACCCACCGUUGCUACCAAGCUUAGCCCUGAGCUCCAGCUACGCCUAUGGAAGUCUUUCUAGCACCAACAAAGCUCUGCACUAUGCCAUUGGAUGCUCCUGCUGCCCCUCUAAGCCGUACUCGACUCAGACUGGAGACAAGACAGCUGGCUGUAUCGGUGACUAA